ACAAAUAGGCAGCAAAUCAAUGAUUGGUAUUUCACAGUUGAGUUGUACUUAAAUAUUAAAAAACGAGGCAUGCUCAUUUCGUCACUAUAACUGUAUGCGAAACUAAACGAAACUGUAAAUAUAAACCACAAAAACCCCGCCAGGUACGAAGCAACGUGCUGCCGAGAACAAAACCUUCAAUGUCUACCGCCGGUAAUGACUACGAAUAAGCUAUCCCAUUAGAGGCAAUAACUCCGGUCCAGACAAAAGCCGAUCGUCAGUUCGUAACGUAGCACAGAAUCAGAACGUUGUUGUGAAAAGCCGUGCUUAGAUUAGUUUUUAUCACAAUUUUAUUACAAUGUCAUCAGAAAGUUUAGAAAGAAACAACAGUGACGAAUAUGAUCCGUUCGAGAAUAGGAACAUCAAGAAACCAAAUUCAACGAUUGGCAGUUUUAUACACAUAAUCAAAGGAUCUCUCGGAACGGGUAUCAUGGCCAUGCCUCUUGCAUUCAGGAAUGGAGGUUUGAUAUUUGGAACAAUCGGAACCGUUGUGAUUUGCGUUCUCUAUGCUCACUUCAUACAUUUACUGGUUCGCACAUCGCAAAAAGCAUCGAAGCGAAGCCAAGUGCCGAUGCUGGGAUUCAGUGCAACAGCCAAAGACGUUCUCCGCAAUGGGCCUCCGAGUGUGCGAUUUUGCACGAACUAUGCAUCGGGCUUCAUCGACUCAAUGAUGGUGAUUGAUAGUUUCCUCACGGCUUGUUUGUACAUAGUUUUUAUAGCAAAAUCGUUGCGAGACGUGCUCCACAACCAAUUGCAGCUCGAUUGGGAUACGAGGGUUUAUAUUAUGCUGCUAUUGGUACCGUUGCUGAUUAUUAUUCAGGUUCGGAAGCUGAAACACUUGGUUCCGUUUACGGCGAUCGCUAGCUGCCUAAUUAUUUCGGCUAUAGGCAUCUCGUUAUAUUUUAUAUUCAGCGCUGAAAUUGAGCUGUCUACUAAAAGCAUGUGGCCGGAAUGGGCGAACAUACCGUCUUUUGUGAGCAUUGUCCUCUUUGCGAUUUCGGGAAUCAACACAGUUUUGCCAGUAGAGAACAAUAUGAAACACCCCAAACAUUUCCUCCGUCCUUUCGGCGUAAUGCAAAGCGCUUUUGGAUGUUUGACAGUUCUUUACGCCAUCACAGGGUUUUUCGGAUACGCGCAGUAUGGAUCUGACACCAAGGCUUCCAUCACCUUGAACCUUCCAAGUGACAAUGGUUGGGCGCAAACAACUCGACUGAUCUCCGCCAUGGGAGUGUUCGUUGCCUUGGGGUUCUCCCUCUACGUUCCACUGGAAAUUCUGUGGUCCCACUUUGAGAGCCGACUGUCGCCGAAGCGACAGAACUACGCCCAGAUAACGAUGCGAUCGCUUUUUGCCGUGGCAAUCAUUCUAACGGCUUUCGUUGUGCCGGAAAUCGAACCAUUCAUCGGAUUGCUGGGCUCUUUCGGCGCGGCAAUGCUUUCCAUACUGUUUCCGGUGUUCCUGGAUACGGUCUUUCGAUGGCCGAACGAUUUCGGGCGAUGGCGCUGGCAUCUGAUGAAGAAUGCUGUUUUAUUGUUGUUUGGACUAUUUGUGCUUAUUAUCGGGACGUAUUUUAGCAUUUUAAACAUCAUCAAAAUAUAUGAGUAAAUAAAGAAACUAAAAGUA